AUGCUCGCGUACUACCUCAUGAAGGAUUAUGUUGCACAAGUACGCGAGCAGGUCUACGGUAAUCUGAAGCCGGAUAUAAUGCAGCUCAAUACCGAGAAUAUGCUUGAGCUUUUGACCAGAAAGGUGACGGAUACCCACCUUGCAGAACUUGAAAGUAUGGACGACGAGGACUUCUCUGUGUAUAUGGAAUACACGAACUUCAACAAAUUCCUAAUCCAGGUCUUGAGAGUCAGGCCAGGGUUCCCUCCUCGUCAUGUGAUGGGCCCAGUCAAGCUUUGGGCCCGACAUGUCGCUGAUGGAUUUCUGAUGGUCUGA